UGGGUGGGGUGCUUAAGGCGUUUUGAGGCGAUAUUCGAAAUGCCCUUGGGGUUUGUGCUUUCUUUCCUCUACUUUUGACGGGCUUCGGGCGAUGGUUAUGGUUAUGGCGACUUCGGAGUGUGAGGUCCGGGAGUGUGCAGUGGGAUUGGGUUCUGGGGAUCCUUAUGUAGUUUUAGAUCAGGAAAGUCCUGCUCGCUCUGGGCGUGGGUUCCUGCAUGCAUUGGUUAUUGUACCAUUAUGCAUGUUUCUCAAGCUGGUGGCUUUUCCCUGAGACCCAGAGCAAUCUAAAUCAAACGACUACAACUGUUCGUA